AUGACGUUUUGCUCUAAUGAAACCUCCCUUGUGUUUUCAGGUGUGCGCUCGUCAGAUCGUGAUGUUCAUCACCCCGAGGCCAACUCGUACAACCACAUGGACGCUGCCAUACGCGGCGAGCUGAAAGACGAUGCCUGUAAGAAGGCGUGCGAUGAUUUGCUCAAGGGAUCAGAUGUCUCCCAGCGAGUCAUUUACCCUGACGAAGAUCAGUUCAAGGCGGCCGUUGUGGUUCAUCUCGCUCUGGAGCCCGAAGACUUCGGGAAGUUUAACGACUAUUGGAAGAAGGGCGAGUGGGCGAAGAGGUGCACCGGCAUUU